AUGGUUAAUAAUUUUAGCAGCAAUGGAAGUGAUUUUAUAAAUAAUAUCAACAACAACAACAAUAACAACAGUAACAACAACAGUAACAACAACAAUUACAAUUACAGUAAUAAAUUUAAUUUAGAGGAAGAAAGAAUACCAAAUUUAAGAAGAUCAUGUUGUAUUGUAAGAGUAUCAGGAAUUGAUCAAAGUAAUGGAACAAAUCCCAAUUUACAAUCUACUAGAUCAAGAUCAUUUUCAUAUUCAUCAAAUGGAAAAAUUAUAUUCAGUUGUAGUGGUUUUAUCUUAGAUUUAGAAAAAGGUUUAAUUAUUACAUCACCAACUAUAUUUUUACCAUUCAUUCUUCAACAACAAAAUGACAAUAAAAGAAAUAUUAACAAUAAUAAUAAUAAUAAUAAUAAUAAUAAUAACAAUAAUCAAAUGACAGAAUCUAAUAUAACAAAAAAUACCAAAAAUUCAAUUGAAAAGAUUUUAUCAUUAAUUAAUAUAGAUAUAAUUUUAGAGAGUGAUAUAAUUAAUAUAAGAAAUAAUGUAAAUGAAAAUAAUAAUAAUAAUGACUAUAGUGAUGAUAAAAUUUAUGACCCAGUUAAUUCAUGGAGAUCAUGUAAAUUUAUAGAUUACCUUAGUUGUAGUCAAAAAACAAUAAAUACCUUAAAUCAAUUAAAAAAUCAUUUCAUACUAUCAAACCAAUCAUCAGGAUUCGAAUCCUCAUUUGGUUUAAUAGUUUUAGAAAUUAAUGAUAAAUCAUCAUUAAUUAUUAAUCAACAACAACAACAACAACGGCAACAAAUUGAACAUCAACAACAUCAACAUCAACAGCAACAGCAAAGAAUUAAUUCAUCAGUUAUAAUUGGUAAUAGUGUUGAUGUGAGGAGUGGUAAUAGUGUUUAUGUUGUUGGUAGUCCAUUCGGGUUUAUAUCACCAACCAUGUUUUUAAAUUCAAUUAGUAAUGGUAUAGUUUGUAAUUGUAUUCAAUCAUCAUCAUCAUCUUCUUCAUCAUUGUUUUUAAUUGAUGCUAGAUCAUUACCAGGUAAUGAAGGUAGUGGUGUAUUUAAUAAAGAUGGAUUGUUAAUUGGAUUCAUUGCACCACCAAUUAGAUCAAAGAAUGAUAAAUUACCAUUCACACUAUCACCUGUAUUACCAAUUCAUAGUUUUCUACCUAGAAUUGAAUCACAAUUAUCAAUUUAUCCUAAAUAUAGAUUAUCAAAUAGUUUAUCAGUGAGCUGUUUCGAUCCAAUUCAACAAUCUGUAAAUGAUUGUCAAAAUUCAAUUGUAUUAGUUCAAUUUAAAAAUUCAUGGGGUUCUGGUGUAUUAAUAAGUGAAUCUGGUUAUAUUUUAACAAAUGCUCAUUUAAUUAUACCUUCAAUACCUUUAAUUCAGCAACAAAUUCAACAACAACAACAACAACAACAACAACAACAACAACAACAACAACAACAACAACAACAACAACAAACGAAUCAAACAAAACAAACAAAAUCAUCCCAACAACAACAGCAACAACAACAACAACAACAACAACCACAACCAUUCCCAAUCGAAUUGUAUAAAGAUAAAAAAGUAGAUUUAAGAAUAAGUUCAAAUUCAAUAAUAAAUAAUAAUCAAUCAUCAUCAUUACAUCAAUCAUCAAAUUCUUCAUUUAUUUGGUGUAAAGGUACUAUUGAAUAUAUUUCACAUACUCAUUUAGAUAUAGCGCUAAUUAAAAUCGAUCAACAUGAUUUAUCAAUAUUAUUAAACGAUAAUAAUAAUAAUAAUAAUAAUAAUAAUAAUAAUAAUAAUAAUAAUAAUAAUAAUAAUAAUAAUAAUAAUAAUAAUAAUAAUAAUAAUAAUAAUAAUAAUAAUAAUAAUAAUAAUAAAAAUAAUAAUAAUAAUAAUAAUCAAAAAAAACAUGAACCAAUUAAAUUUCAACAUGUUAUUUGUAAUCCAAUUUUAAAUCCAAAAUAUGGAGAGAGUGUUUUUGUUUUAGGUUAUCCUUUAAUACCUCCAACUCAAAAUCCACCAAUUUCAGUUACAAAAGGUAUAAUUUCAAAUAUAGUUUAUGUUGAUAAUUGUGCAGUUUCUUAUCAAACUACUGCUUCUGUUCAUAGUGGUAAUAGUGGUGGUGGUUUAUUCGAUUUAAAAGGUAAUUUUUUAGGUAUUGUAACAUGUAAUGCAAAACAAAAGAAUGGUUUAAUUAUUACAGAAUUAAACUUUUCAAUACCAGCAACAUCAUUAAUUCAUUUCUUUCAUUAUGCAAACGGAACUGAUGAAAUGGGUUUGAAUUUAAUGAGAUCAACUUCAACAGAUAAAUUUUUAAAAGCUUUAUGGAAACUUCAAAUUACACCACCUCCAUUAUCAAAUACAAAUAAAAAUAUCAAUAAUACUAACACCAAUAAUAAUAACAAUAAUAAUAAUAAUAAUAAUAAUAAUAAUAAUAAUAAUAAUAAUAAUAAUAAUAAUAUUUCAACUUCAACAUCACCCAUAGCAGGUAAAAAAUACUCUGAAUUUUUAACAAAAAUGAAUCAACAACAACAACAAGAUAACAAUAAUAAAAUUCAAAGUAAAUUAUAA